GAGAGAGAGAGAGAGAGAGAGAGAGAGAGAGAGAGAGAGAGAGAGAGAGAGAGAGAGAGAGAAGAUGAGGAGUACAUACUAUCAAAUUGUGUGCGUUGCGUUGGUGCUGAGUAUAACAGGAGGGGCGAUGGCACAGAGCGCUUCGAACGUGAUAGCAACUUACAAUUACUACAACGCGGCUCAGAACAAUUACGACUUGAACGCCGUGAGCGCUUACUGUGCUACAUGGGACGCUAACCAGUCCCUCGCUUGGCGCAGCCAGUACGAAUGGACUGCCUUCUGUGGCCCCUCUGGCCCCACUGGCGAGGCCGCCUGCGGCCUAUGCUUGAGCGUGACCAAUACAAGAACUGGGGCUCAGUUAACAGUGAGGAUCGUGGAUCAGUGCUCUAAUGGAGGCUUGGAUUUGGAUUGGAGUGCGUUCCAGAAGCUCGACACUGAUGGCUAUGGCUACCAGCAGGGCCACCUUACCGUGGACUACACGUUCGUCAGCUGCUGAUGAUGAAUGAAAGAAAGAAAGUACUUGUCUACAUUCAAAUGCUUAAAUAAGGAAAGCAACCCUUUAUAACCCUAACAAAAUUCAAAAGUUAAUGCUUCCACAAUUCCGUCUUAUUCCACAUUUCUUUGUUGCCAUUAGAGCUUCUUUCUUUGCUAUGUUUGGAUGUUAAGAAAAGAAUACGUUACUUGAAGUAACAAGAAUCGGUAUUGGUAUUGAUUGAGAUCAAUCCCCGAUCCUUGAUCGAUUC